GUCUGUGCUGAGAAGGGUUUGAGGUUUCUCGCAAGCUGCUGCUGGUCUGGGCUAAACCCUGCACCCUCUUGGUGUGGGGGGGAAUUGCUUUUGGGGGAAGCAUGGACUGCAUCCCUCUGCAGGCUUCUCUGCCUUGGGAAGUUGAUACUGGGUGCUGGGGUGGCACGUGGCAGCCAUCUGGGAAGGUGACAGCCUCUUGCCAUGGGCUGCUUCAUGGUACAGCAGAGGGGGCCCCGUGGGAGCCCCCGUGGCUGAGGCUGCAUCCCCAUCCCCUCUGCCCAUCACCACCGGCUCUGAGGGUGCUGUGUCCUCUGGGAUCUCAGCCAUCUGCUCCAAGGGCCCAGCGCCUGCUGAGGGAUUUAACCCAGCCCAGGGGAGGGAGGAAAGACCUUGGGCAUCCCUCCCCAUCCCUGUCUUUGGGGAUUCUCCAGCUGCAGGUGACUCCCCACUCCCAGGGGGGCCGGGGUACCAGUGGUGCUCCCAGAGUAGCAGGAUUUGGGGACCCUGACCCACAUCAGAGCCCGCUGGUCACCCCCCAUGCUGAGGCAGCUGGGCUGUGCCUGGAUUAGCAGGUGCUAAGCUCCUUCUCAGCAACACAGCACUGUCACCGGGUGACUGGCACUGCCACCAGCCAUGGGGACACCACUGUCUCUGUGAUCUGCCAGCACCAAGGAGCCUUGUGGACCCUGAUGCCACUUCCCCCUCUGCAGACCCCUGUGUGGCAGAGGCUUCGGUGGCUUGGGGUGGGGGUGCAGGGAUAGCUGGCCAUGGCCCUGGCGGGGAGUAUCCCCCUCCCUGGCACCGGGGAGGCGUGGAGACCACGGCACUUGCUGCAGUCCCCCCCGGACGAGGACGAGGUGCCGUAUGUGGACUACAAGCCCCCUGCCCUGGACAGCAUCCGCCUGCCCCGCUAUGUCCUGUACCUGAUGAUGGCAGCUACACUGGUGCUGGUGGUGGCAUAUGCCAUCGUGGGGCACCUCAUCAAGGACCUGGUGCACGACUUCGCCGACUGGGCAUUCGGGCCCAAGCCGGAGGAGAAGGCGGGGAUGGCUGAGGGCAUCGUGCUGGAGGCAGAGUGGCUGGAGAAGGACGAGAUGCUGGUGGAGCAGAAGGCAGAGGAUGAACGCACCAGCAUCCUACCUGGCACAGACAUCCCGCUGGGGCUCGCUCCACGCAGCUCCGUCUCCUUUGCCGACUCCCCUGAGAAGGGGUUCUUCUAGGGCCAGGGGAC